UUCUCUCUACCUUUUGGCUGUCAAAUAUGCACAAUCAAACACAAUAUCCCGCUAUUAUUCCUUCUUCUACUAUCAUACGACUGAUUCUUGUGAUAAGCUAGUUCUCUUCUAGCUACAUUCCUAAAAGGUGACGACUUAAGUUUUUCAACCAUAUUCAUCGUCGCAUAUCGAAUUGUACAGGCAUUACUCAAGACAUUUCUACCCGCAUAACAACAUUGUAGUGCCAUAUUUCAAGUCAUGCCAGCAUGGCCCAGGUUUAUGUCUUUGCGACGUCAAUAUCUCUACAAAGCACUCGACAAAAAUCAUCAAAAGCAUCCCAUCAAACAUCCACAUACACGGUUCCUAUCGCGACUUUUUUGCGCAUUGGCUGUCCUCUUUUCAUAUUCAAUCUAUCAAUCAUUCCGGACUGACCUCAAACAGUCAGGAUCUUGGGGAUGUGAAAUGAGCUGGAUGUCGCCUUCGUAUCGCCGGCUGGAAUGGACAGAAUUCAUUUCAACGAGAUAUGCCUUGUACCUUUAUCGCGAGCAAGGCUUGGACUCGGAAGAUACGCUUUCGGGACACCCUGUUCUCUUUGUACCUGGGAAUGCUGGCUCAUAUCAGCAGGUCCGCUCGAUCGCCUCCUCAGCAUCCAAGCAGUACUAUGAGCAAGUGAAGGCGAGGGAACGUAAUGUGGUGACUGGGAAGAAGAUUGACUUCUUCACGGCUGAUCUGAAGGAAGAGUUCUCUGCGUUUCAUGCGCGGACUGUACGCGAACAAGCAGUUUUCAUCCAACACUGCAUCAAGGGGAUACUCCAGGAGUAUACGCAUCUACCGCAAGAAAAGAGGCCUACGCAGGUUACUCUACUUGCGCACUCCAUGGGGGGUGUUGUUGCUCGCUUAGCAAUGGAUCCAAUUACUUCGAUUUCAGUUGACAUUAUCGUGACCUUGUCGACGCCUCAUAUCUUACCACCACUUGCUCUCGAACGUGACAUGGAUUCCAUAUACUCAUUGAUAAGGUGGAGGAGACAGCAUAUCAGUACCCAUCCGCCAUUAAUAUCCAUAUGUGGCGGCAUUUCAGAUACACAAAUUGUAUCGGAUAGCUGUGCGCUGCCCUUUUUUCAGGCAGGCAAUAACAGUGACAUUGCCGUUUUCACCACUGGCAUACCUGGUGUAUGGACUGCUGUCGAACACCAGGCCAUAAUCUGGUGUCAUCAAAUCCGCUGGCGAAUUGCUAGGAUGUUGCUUGACAUGUCAAGUAGGGCAAAUACAACUGCAAAAUUGGUUACUGCAAAAGAGUGGCUUCUCGAUUAUCAGGAAGAUGAAACCUUGAAAGAACCACGUAGCGAGAGACAACAUGAUUAUUCGGUGUCAUCUCGCAAUAUGACCUUCAUUGGACUUCAUCAACCAAGCAAGGCCUUCGUUGCCCAACAAUGCAAUGGUCUCGAGCGUUGUAGAACGGUUCCUUCAGUAAUGAGUCUUCUUCCAUUCCCAAAUAAUCCUAGUGACCCAUUUCCGCUACCGGGAGAGGGGAUUAAACCAAGUGAAGUAAUGCUAGUAGCUGAAAUAAGCCUCUCAUCGACCAACACAGUGGUCAAAAUAAAUGCAUCGCAGUAUGGGCAAACCAUUGCAGGAUCAAGAGAACACCAUUUAGUCAAAGGGAAUAGCUGGAAAGUUAAUUCUUCAUUGCCAUCUUUGACCACUCAUCACCUCUUCCAUUUUGAGAAUGCUUUUCUCUCCUCACUGGUUACUCAUUCUCUUGAUAUCACUCUUGGCCACUGCAAAGAUUUUAAACCAUUAAUUAAGCACAUAUCUCAACCAGCUUUGGAGUUGCAAAGCGCUACAUUCGAAUCCAAUUAUUAUUUUGCAUCAGGCCGACCCAUACAUCUACAUUCUCAUUCUACUGCGGGACCCUUCUUACCUUACCAAGACAGAGCUGGCAUUUAUCUGGAGAUAUUUCAAUCGCCCUUAUGUCCUGUACAACAGGUGUCGCUCAGAAAAAAUUACUACAACGUACUGGCCAAAUCUGUGACUCGGUACCGUAUGGUCGUUCUUGCAUGGCCAGUAGGGUGGGCUACUGUGGUUCUUCUGUUUCAAUUAUCAGAUUUUAUCAACACAGGUGAGAUACUUCCCUGGAACUCGGCAUUAGAAAGGAUUGCAAGGCGCCGGAUGCCAAUUUGUAUUGUUCUGCUCCUUCUGGGAGCGACUAUACAAUCACAGCUACCGGAUUUUCCAAUGUUACACACCUUUUUUCUGGGUGUUAAUCAACUGGAAAUGGUCCCUCUGGUGGGAAUUCUGGGGGUGUGGACGUUUGGGUUGUUAUGUGUUGUGUCUUUUGUAAUCACCGCCUGCCUCUGGCUUCUUGGCUGCAUUAUACAACAGCCUCACGGUCAUGAGCGAUUGGAAGAUGAGACUAAAUCAAAGCAUGAUUGGCUGGGAGUUGUGAUGAUUGGGGCCGCUGCAGUGCUUGUCAAUCAAGUGAUUCCCCAUCAACUGAUAUUCCUCUUAUGUGUUAUUCUUUUGUGGUUAUCCGCUGCACGGUCAAAAGCCCUAAACGAUCGAUAUCAUCUAAUUUCUACUUGUGCAAUAUUCACAACUCUGUUGAUCCCCUUCAAAAUCCUUCACGUAGCAAUCUGGAGCAGAAACAUUUGGACUGGAAGUGCAGCUCUUGUCAGUACAGAUAAUAAUUUCUACUAUGCCAUACCUCCAGUCCUUUUGGUUAAGUGUGCAUCCUGUGGUGGGACAAUACAGAAGAGACAUGUUUGCUUAAAAGCAUGUCGAAUUGCUCUCAUAAUAUUGAUCAUGUCUUCUUUCUCUGUUGGUGCGCGGUGGACUUGGAUUCUAUCUCCUAUAGCAAACGCGGUAUUGAUUUUGUUUGUUGCUUCCAUAAUUUAGAUACUAUGAUAUGCGACAAAACCAAUUUACAUAAAUGUUGUUUGCUUCCGGCUUGGGAAGGUUAGGGCUUUUCUCACAUUACUACUAUAUCAUUCUUCCCAUAGCAGAUACAAAAAGAUAACGAGAAAAACAUAGAUAAUAGGGGUAGACAAAAUGUGACGCUUGGAGUGCCACUUGACAAACAGAUGGUGCACUGAGAGGAUGAUGCGUUGAAGAAGUGAUAAACUAGCUUGCAUGUGCUGUGCGCGGCCAUGCGCUGCUGCAUGUUCAGUUGUGUGGGCAGUACCUGUAGCUCAGUUUAUGUUGUCCCAACCAUCAUGAAGCUCUGUCUGCGAGUCCAGCGAACCAGUAUUGUGUAGCUUCAGUGGUGAUAACCAUCUAUUAUAUGUGUAACAGCUCCUCUCGUAGUAGUCG